GCUCUGCUCGCCCUCUCGCUCUCUCGGCAAACCAGCGACGGCGACCGCUCUGCACGGCUGGCCCCAUCCUCUUCUCGAGCGUCGGCAGAUCUACAAGCGCCGCAACCCUCUUCGUCGGCGGCCCACCCAACCCAGCGGUCCUUCCUAACCAUGGCUGGGAGGCACACCAUUAUUCUGAUGCAACCAUCUCAAAAUAGGGGCACUAGGACAUUUAUGGAUUACAAUUCAGUUAACCAUGCAUUGGAUGGAAUUUGUGGUCUCUAUGAAAGGAAAAUCAGGGAUAUCAACCCAAUGAUUCCAAACAUAACCUAUGAUAUCACUGACCUGUACAACUUUAUCGAUGGCCUAGCUGACAUCAGUGCGCUAGUCUAUGAUCACUCCAUCCAGGCAUUUCUGCCGUACGACCGGCAAUGGAUAAAGCAAAAGUUGUUUCAGCACCUUAAGAAGCUGGCUCAAAGAUAGUGAGUGCUGGUUUGAUAUGCUGUCACUGGUGGGCAAGCAUGCUUCUGAUAAUUGUUGUCUGAUUUGUGUACCAGAAAGGUGUUUCUUGUAAAAUGAUGAGAAUUUUACAUGGCAUGCUUAUAUUCUGGAGUUGAACUCA